GAACAAUUAACACGGUAGCUAAAAAUAAAUUCGAUGUGUAGUGCUUAAUCAAGUGUAACGAAAUAAAAACAAAAAUAAAUAAAAGAAACUUUCGUGACAAGCUGAAGUGGCUGAAGUGCAAAAGGAAGCUGUGAAAAGAAAUACAGAAUUAUUUGUACGUGGUUGAAGUAUUUUAAAAAUCUAUUACAUAAAAGCCAAGACAGGAAAAUUUAUUUUGAAAAGAAGAAAAAAUUGUUUAAAUUUACAUCUAGUGAUUGCAAACCAAAAUCAAAGUCUCAAGUGCUGCAAGGUUUGUAGAACAAGCCCAUGCCGAAAGAUAAAUAAGAAAAAGAAGACCUACAGAAACGCUGGAAGUAGAUACUUCUUGUCUAUACGCCACAUUGCUAUCUGUUUUUUUUUUACCUUUGCCUUUCUUCAACGUACACAAUCCCAAGUAGUGCCCUCAAUUUGUCUACGCCGAUUUCUGUUUAUGCGUACCUAUGCCAUUCGGGUGAAAUCAGUUAAUUUGCAAUAGGUAUGUACGACACAUAAAAUUAGUUGUUCAAACACGGCACGGCGAGCGACAAAGCAGUAAAAGACGAAGAAUUGCAAAAAGUUCGCAGUGACAAGGCAAAUUUGGUACCCCCGAAGAGUGUUUAACAAAGAAGGAAGAUAAUUUAUUCAAAUCACACAAACAGUGGAAAGAUCUAACAACGCAUAGACAAUAAAAAUUAUACAACAACAAUUACAACACACUUUUGAGCAACAGCUGUUGUUACUUCUGCAGGUUACAAAGCCGCCAAGUGGCUUAACGUCUUCUAGGCGCAAGCGUAAGACAACUGCGAUAACAUCAACAGCGUAGCGGCAGCGCCGUCAACAUGAAUAAAGCCGGCAAACAUAUACAGAGUGGUAUCGGGGUGACCACAUCGCCCACCGCCGUUAAUUCGGUCGGUGCUUUAUCCACACAAAAGAAUGUGAUCAAUUCAAUAAUGAGCUUUCUACCCGACAAUCGACCCAUUACAUCAUUGCAAAUUGUUGAGGAUUAUGAAAAAUGCCCAAAGAAUUUCACACCCAUCCAUCGUACUUAUGAUCAAGAUGCCGAUGCCGAUUUAUGGCGUGAAAAUAAUAUACUCUUUGGUCGACAGACAACACGCUAUUUAUGCUUAUCGAAGACUGAGGGCUUGCCCGAAUAUGUAGUGGAGACGCUAAAAGUUAUACCCGAGAAAACACAACCGCCUAAGGAAUUCUCUCUACUCUCACGCACCGCCGAUACAGAACAGAAAGCGUGGCGUAAACGACAAAUCGCCUACAAACUAACCAAACGCGGCAAUGUCACACAGGCGGUCACCGAUAUCAUAUUGUGUUCAAAAUUGAAAGUUGCACCGGAAGGCUUCAAGCUAGCGGGUGAUAUAAAUGGCGUAUUGAUUUGUUAUAAAACCGGUGCCAUACCCAUACGUUCACCACCCCCUGUGCCUGUUGUAGCACCACCCGUACCAAAUGGCAGCAUUAGUAGCAGUAAUGGUGGCGGCAGCAGUGAGGUGGAGAAGGCGUUAAAUCGUUUGAAUUUGAGUGGUGGCGCAACUAAUUGGAAUGGCCCACCCAAACAGCCGCUACCACCCGUGCCCAGUGACCAUGACUACGAAGAAAUACAGGCUUCAUUUCAAAUCAAGUCACCACAACGACCUGCACCACGUCCACCCAUCACAGCACACUGUGCUACAAACACAUCGGGUCACAGUGUUGGCACGUUGGGUGCCUACUCGGAGGUUGAGGGUGUGCCAUUCAUGAUAAACCCAACACUCAAACGAAUGGCAGAGCAUAAUUUACCCACACUGCCACAAAUUGCGGACGUGCUUAAGGGACUCGAUUAUGAUUUUCAAUUAGAGCGGCAAAUACUUUGCACUAUGAAAUCAUCGGCAUCUACAAAUCCAUUCUUCAAAUAAAGCACAAAACUUAAGCGGCGUAAUUGUCAAUAAGGCACUAUAUACAAAAACAAUUAAUUAUUACUUAAAAAAUGAACAAAAAAAAUUAUUAUAAAAUUAUAAAACACAU